UGUAUAUCGAAACACGCGGAUUUGUGGAGUAUAUUGUUAUAUCGUGUUUAUUUUUUGGAAAUUGUGUUUUUAGUACCGUAACUCGCAAGAGCGAUUUUUUAAAAGUGAUGGGAAAAGAGAAAAGAAAACGUGUGUGUUUCGAAGUACUUUUAAGAAAGCAAGCAUCUCAAAUUAAAAAAAAAUCAAAUCCCUUUGAAAUCCAAAGAACAAAAGAAAAAUUUACUAUUCUAAAUCGAGAAACAAAUGGUCGAUGCACCGGUAUUCGAGGUAUGCAAAGAGCGAAAGCCGUCAGCAGCCGUAAGCAGUCGCUCGGUCAGGAAUUUCUCUUGAAGAAUAAAAACAAUAAAUUUUUGGAUCUACGAAUGCAUACGACAAACAAAAGUAGUAUUCAACCAAACAAUCUAAUAACCCGCAAGUCCGGUUUAUCUCGCCGAAAGGAUUUGUUCAACUUGAACGAUUCGGUCAAACUUACUCAUAAAGGUCAAACGUUGGAAACAACAGACCUAGAUGAUGUUGUGAAUAGCGAUAGUGAUUCGGAUAAUGGUAACCUGAAUGAAGACUUCGUUGAAGAAAUGCAUUUUGGUGGAAGUGAGAACAGGAAAGAUAGGAAAACAGUAGUUGAUGAAAUGAUAGCUGAGUCGAAACGGAGAAAAGCGGAAAAACAACGUGAAAAUGAUGAAAUAUUUGAGAUGACACAGAAACUGGACAAAAAUUGGCAGCAUUUGGUGUCCGUGGUAGGCGGUCAAAUGAAAAGUGUCAAUGAAAAACCAAAACUGGAGGAUUAUGACGUGAUUAUGCGGGAGAUGAUAUUUGAAAGAAGGGGUAAGCCAGCGGACAGAUUAAAAUCAGAGGCCGAAUUGAUUGCAAUUGAGCAGCAAAAGUUCGCCAAACAAGAACAAGAGCGAUUAGCAAGGAUGAAUGGAGGCGGAAUAGUUAGUAAAAUGAACCACAAAUCAGCUGAUGAUUUGGAUGACGGGCAAAUAUUAUUGUCAGUAGGGGACGACGAAGAAAUAUUGCGGAAUAAAACAGAUACAGCGGAAUAUAAUAAUUAUAACCCCAGAACCGUUUCUAAGGAAGCAUGCGAUGCACCUGAAUAUGAUUCCGAAGAAAGCAGUAGUGAAAUGAAUAGAAGUAAUGAUACUUCAGAUGACAACGAUGAAUUGUCUGACCUAAAAAAUGACACUGACUGCGAGGAGAUAGACAGCAUAACUUACAAUGCACAGAGAAUGAACAGUCCAGAAACGAGUGAACCAAAAAAGCUUAAUUUAGUAAACCAAAACAAACGUCAAGAAGCUAUUGAUGAAAUGCCGCAUAGUUUCGAAAUUCCAACAAGAUAUGAACAUUUACAUGAACUUCUUUCCAAAUAUAAUCCUGAUGAGCAAUCCAUAAUUAUAGAAAGAAUGAUAAGAUUCAACAGCAAUCAAUUCUCUCAAGAAAAAAGGCGAAUGCUAAUAUCAUUAUUCGCUUUUAUAAUGCAAUAUGUAAAUGACCUCUUUCUUGGAAAACAGUUAAAUUGUAUCUCCACUGGAUUCCAAGUUGUCGAGAAAUUAAUACCAUCAUUACAUGAUUUAAUGCAACUCAACCCAUCAGAGACAUCGCAAUGUUUUUUGGAAGUUUUGAAAGAAAAGCAACACGAAUUUCGUAAGAAGCCGCGAUACUACCCACAGCUUGAUACAUUAGUAUUUCUUAAGCUAAUCCCGGUUUUUUUCUCGGCGUCUGAUUUUCGUCAUCCUGUGGUUUCUCCAGCGUUAGUGUUUGCUAGUGAAUUACUGUCCCGUUGUCAAAUUCGAACAAGAAAAGACAUUACUGCAGGGCUGUUCGUAGUAACAACAGUACUUGAAUGUGGUGAACAGUCGAAACGUUUUCUCCCAGCAACUUUGAAUUUUCUCUCGGGCAUUAUUUACAUGUGUUCUCCCAAACGAUCGAUUCAACUAACGUCAAUAGUACCUCCGUUCAAAACAUCAGUACCAUGGAAUGAUUUGCUAGCUUUAGAUGUAACAAAAGAAACAAAUAAUGUAGAUUACAAGUUUCAAGUGGAAGAUUUUAUCGUGGACCAUAUUGACGAAUCGUUUAAGGUACGAGCUCUAUAUUCUGUACUGGGAUUGGUGAAACUUGUUUGCCAUCAGCUCACCGUUUCACCAGGUGUACAUUAUAUCUGCGAUAACUUUCUCCAAAAAUUGCAUAGUCUUCAAGAUUACCUGUUACCAUUGGAAUUAAAGACCAAAUUAGAACAAGUAUUUGAAGUUGUUAAGCUAGCUCGUUCUCGCCCUUUGCACUAUCUAAUCGACGUAGAGAGAAAACCAAAAAUUCUUAGACUACUGGAACCUAAGAUUGAGUCAACGUACGAUGAUAUUCGGCGGCGACCGACAACUAAACUUACUGCUAGAGAACAACAGAAAAAUUUGCGAUUGAAAGUUAAAAAGGAAUCCCGUGCUGCUGUUCGUGAAAUUCGGCAAGAUAAUACAUUCAUCGCCAAAAUGCAGUUUAAACAACGGGCAAACAAUGACCGUAUACGGCUCGAUAAAGUCAAACGUAUUUUCUCCGAUGCUACAUUGCAGCAAGGAGAGCUCAAAACACUUGAUAGGAAAGCUAAUUACAAAUAAGUCAAAAUAUAUAUUUAGCCAAUA